AUGCUCAGUUGGACGCUAGAGAAGCAGUCUGCCGUUCUCCGGUCAGAAUCGGCAGAAAUCUCGCUGAGCCCGCCCAUGCGUCACAUAUUGCGCGUCACACUCAACAUAUUCGACCGCAAAGCGGCCCGGGACACCCUCCUGACGCUCGAAAUCUUUCCCGAUAUGACGCUCUCCACGCUGCGCGAGUCAAUCCAGGCCGAGGCCAAGGUGUUGCCUGAUACUCAGCAUAUCUAUCACAACGGCAAAGCCCUGACCGAGGACACGAAGACGAUGGAGCAAAUGCAAAUCAACGACGGUGACUUGCUGGCUGUUCACGUGCGCGAGAAGCGACCGAACCCCAACCCGCAGGCGCAGGCUGCUCGACCGGCCCCCCCUCAGCCCCAGCCCCAGCCCAGCGCCGGGACAAAUGACCCGGAGAUGAUUCGUCUGCAGGUUCUCGGUGAUCCGAACCUGCGUCAGCAGCUUCAGCGCCAACACUCAGAAUUGGCGGACGCUGUCGAUGACCCCGCCCGGUUUGCGGGCAUCCUCCGAGAAAGCCAGGACCGCGAGCGGAGAGAGCGUCUCGAGAGACAACGGCAAAUUGAGCAGCUGAAUGACGAUCCAUUCAACGUCGAGAACCAGAGAAAGAUCGAGGAGAUGAUUCGCCAAGAACGUGUCAUGGAGAACCUGCAGAAUGCCAUGGAACAUAACCCAGAAGUUUUCGGAAGAGUGCACAUGCUUUACGUCAAUGUCGAAGUAAACGGGCACAAGGUCAAGGCGUUCGUGGACUCUGGUGCGCAGGCGACCAUCAUGUCGCCCUCUUGCGCCGAGGCGUGUGGAAUCAUGCGCCUCGUCGAUACGCGCUUCGCCGGUGUCGCGCGGGGUGUCGGCACGGCCAAUAUUAUCGGUCGCGUACACUCUGCCCAGAUCAAGAUUGGCGCUAUGCACCUGCCCUGCAGCUUUACCGUCAUGGAGGGCAAGGGUAUGGAUCUCCUGCUCGGCCUUGACAUGCUGAAGCGGUACCAGGCCACCAUUGACCUUGCCAAGGACAAGCUGGUCAUCCAGGGCGAGGAGAUUCCAUUUCUGGGGGAGGCAGAAAUUCCCAAGGAGGAGGAUGGCAACCAGAAUGAGCCCACCAUCCCUGGGCCUGCGGGGACCACCAUCGGACAGCGAUCUGGCGCCAUUGAGCCGCCCAGCGAGGCAUCUGCCCCCGCGCCGCAGUCGGCAGCUGGUGCGUCGUCGAUACCUGCCACGACAGCAGCGGCGCUCGGUUCAGCACCAGCACCAGCGACUGCGGCCGCGACGGCCCAGCCUGCUGCCGCUGGGCCGGCCAUUCAACCCCAGCACAUCGAGACACUGAUGGGCAUGGGCGCCACGCGGGAGCAGGCGGUCCAGGCCCUGCAGGCUGCCGAAGGUAACGUGGAUGUGGCGGCAGGCAUCAUCUUCUUUUAG